CAGAAGGACAGGGAGGAGCCUGGAGCCAGGAGCUGCAGCUGCUGCUGCUGCUGCGGUUGCUGCUGCUACUUUCUCCAAUCUCCCAGCGUCGGGCAGUCCCCACGGAUCUGCCCAGUCUCUGCUGCUUCUCAUUCCAGGACCUCUAGCUGUCUCCUUCCCUUCAGACAUGUUCCUGCUUUUGGGGCUCUGCCUGGGGCUCCCGCUCUGUGGAGGGCAGCAGGACCCCCUGGCGCUGGCAGAAGAGCUGGAAGAAGCGCUAAGGUGGGAUGACCAACAGGUUGGACACCGAGUCCCAAGACAGGUCAGGCUACAACAGAGGCUGAAAACCAAGCCUUUGAUGACGCACUUUUCGGUGAAAUCUACCAUUAUCUCUCGUUAUGCCUUCACUAUGGUUUCCUGUAGCUUGCUGAAUCGGGCAUCAGAGGACAAGGAAGUUGAAUUUCAGAUGCAGAUCCCAGCGGCAGCCUUCAUUACCAACUUCACUAUGGUUGUUGGAGACAGGGUUUAUCAGGGGGAAGUUGCAGAAAAAGAAAAGAUACAUGGUGAUAGGGCAAAAAAGCAAGACAAUAAGACCUUGGAAGAUAAUGGGGAAAAAGGGACUGAGACUUUCAGUGCCUCUGUCACCAUUCCCAGCAAGGAUAAAGCUGCUUUCUUCCUACAUUAUGAAGAGCUUUUGCAGAGACGACUAGGAAAGUAUGAACAUGUGAUCAGUGUCCGGCCCCAGCAGCUUGCAGGGAGAUUGCAUGUAGAAGUGAAUAUCCUGGAAAAGUCGGGCAUCGUGUCCCUUGAAGUACCACCGCUGCAAAACAGCAGGCAGAAGGGCAGUGGGAGAGUAGAGGAUGAUGUUGGCCCACCUCCCUCCACAGACAUCAACCAAAAUGAAACUUUUGCCAAGAUUGUUUUUAAUCCUAGUAUCAUACAACAAGCCAAGAUUGCCCAGAAUGGCAUUUUAGGGGAUUUCAUCAUUAGAUAUGAUGUAAACAGGGAACAGAGAGUUGGGGACAUUCAGGUUCUGAAUGACUACUUUGUACAUUACUUUGCCCCCAAAGAUCUCCCUCCUUUACCCAAGAAUGUGGUAUUUGUCCUUGAUAGCAGCGCCUCUAUGGUGGGAACCAAACUCAGACAGACCAAAGAUGCCCUCUUCACUAUCCUGCAUGAUCUAAGGCCACAGGAUCAUUUUAAUAUCGUUGGAUUUUCCAAUCGGAUCAAAGUAUGGCAGGAUCGCCUGGUAUCAGUGACUCCCAACAACAUCAGGGAUAGCAAGGUCUACAUUCACCACAUGACACCUACUGGAGGUACAGACAUCAACGGGGCUCUCCAGAAAGGCAUCCAACUGCUUAAUGACCACAUAGCUGACAAUGACAUUGACUCCAGGAGUGUUUCUCUGAUUGUCUUCCUGACUGAUGGGAAGGCCACCGUGGGAGAGACUCAGUCAAGUAAGAUCCUCAGCAACACGAAAGAAACUGCCCAAGGUCGAGUCUGCAUCUUCACCAUAGGCAUUGGAAAUGAUGUAGACUUCAAACUGCUGGAGAAGCUAUCGCUUGAGAACUGCGGCAUGACACGGCGGGUGCAGGAGGAGGACAAUGCUAAGGAACAGCUGAUUGGGUUCUACGAUGAGAUCAGAACACCUCUACUCUCUGAUAUCCGAAUUGAUUAUCCACCUGACUCUGUUGAGCAUGUUACCCAAACUCUUUUCCCUAAUUACUUCAAUGGGUCUGAAAUCAUCAUCGCUGGGAAGCUGGUUGACAGACAGUUGGACAAUCUACAUGUCGAAGUCACUGCCAGCAAUAGUAAGAAAUUUGUGGUCCUGAAGACAGAUGUUCCUGUUGCGUUCCACAGCACAGAGAAUGAUGUCACAGGGAUUUCCCCUCCAAAGGGCCAAGAUGCUGACCGAAACUACGUUGAGCGGCUCUGGAGUUACCUUACCAUCAAGGAGCUGCUGACUUCAUGGUUGAAGAGUGAUGAUGAACAGGAGAAAGAACGUUUGAUGGAGAGGGCUCGGGAUCUUGCAGUGAAUUACCAUUUUCUCACCCCUUUUACUUCCUUGAAGGUGAAGGAGUUGGCACCUGAGGUUACUCAAAUGGCAACGAAAGAAGUCUAUGGCAGUUCUGCAGCCAUGGGUCCAGAGACAGUUGUGCAAAGCUUGCAUGGAAAGAACACGCCACCAGAACCUGAUUCCAAGAAACAGUACAACCCAAGAAUUAAAAUCUCCAAAACAUCAGCGGAUGGAGAUCCUCAUUUUGUGGUGGACUUCCCCUUGAGCAAGCUCACCGUCUGUUUUAACAUCGAUGGGAACCCUGGGGACAUCCUCAGACUUGUCUCUGAUCAUAUGGACUCUGGUGUCACAGUGAAUGGAGAAUUAAUCGGGGCCCCAGCUCCUCCGACUGGCCACAAGAAGUAUCGGACUUACUUCCGAACCAUCACCAUCCUCAUCAAUAAGCCAGAGAGAUCUUACUUGGAAAUCACACCAAAUAGGAUUGUCUUGGAUGGUGGGGACAGGUUGGUCCUCCCUUGCAACCAAAGUGUAGUAGUGGGGAGCUGGGGGCUGGAGUUGUCUGUCUCUGCCAACGCUAACGUCACAGUGACCAUCCAGGGCACAAUUACUUUUGUCAUCCUUAUUCACCUCUACAAAAAUCCAGCUCCUUACCAGCGAAACCAUCUUGGCUUCUACAUCUCCAAUAGCAAAGGACUCUCAGACAAUUGUCAUGGACUUUUAGGACAAUUCCUGAACCAGGAGCCUAAGCUAACAAAAGAGCCAGUUGGCUCAGGCUCCAGCUGGAACCAUACUGAGGCUUCAGUCUCCCAGGAAAACCUAAGCUCUGAAACCAUCCUAAAAGUGAAAGGGCACCGGGUUCCAGUGGUCUGGAAACAGAGGAAGAUCUACAAUGGACAAGAGCAGAUAGAUUGCUGGUUUGCCAGAAAUUCGGCCAAGCUUAUUGACGGAGAGUACAAGGAUUACUUAGCCUCUCAUCCUUUUGAUACAGAGACUACUUUUGGGGUAGGAGCAUCCCAAUGACUGUAGGACAUGCCAGCCUUCAAAAUAAGAACACAUGGUAGGGAAAUGAUCUUUGAAGCUAUCUUAAUGUAUGCAGCUCUUCAUACCACAUCCCUGAGCAACUCAGCAACUCUCUACAAAUGUCAAGCUGGCCAAAGGGUAGGGAGGGGAAGUUUGGGUCAACAAGUUACUUUCCUUCCUUCUUUCCCUUUUUGGCUUUUCCCUUCCCUGCCCUGCCCACAGGGGAGAAAGAGAUGAUGGAACUAAGUGCUAGAAGCAAGUGAAAUCUUGACCUUGCUCUAACCAAGUUCCACCAGACUUCUGUGAAUCUCAACACCUGCCACAAAUUAAGCAACUCCUUUGUGAUGCAGAUUGGUUGACUCCCAACCUUGCCUUGGAUGUGAAAAUAGUUUGGCUGGGUCUGCAACUUUGCCUUUUGCCUCACUCCAAUGCUUGUCGAGCUCUUCUAAGUCUUUUGGAUGCAUGGCUAGCUCUUU